AUGUCAUCCCAAAAGUUGUCGGGUGAUGAUGAUCACAAUGAUGAAGUUUUGAAUAGUGUUACCGGAAACUCCGACACAAAAGUUUCCAAUUCUACAUCUUCGCAUGGAGAUGAGGAUUCAAGCGAAGACGUUGAGAAAUUUUUAGGGGCAGGAUCUGAACAGAAUCAUUCUGCCGGUAUUCCAGAAAAAUCGGCCAAUCCUGAAAAUACUGCUUUGGCUGCUCAUUCAAAAGAAGCGGUAUAUCCACAAAAAUAUGCUGUUAAAUCUGAUUCAGCGUCAAAGCCAAUAAUUGGUACAGCUGCAAUGGGUAGUCCCUUUACUGCAAAUUUAAACGAAGCAGCUUCAACUUUCACGACUUCUUCGCCCAGAGCAGCCCCAAUAAUGCCGUUAACUUCUUCGAAUUCCGAAGUUGGAGAUGCCAAGGAAAUUUCUUCACGAACACACACUGAGAAUGAGAAUAUUUCAAGUAAGAAUCUACACGACAAGCCACAUGGAAAACCUCUUGCUGAAUCAAAACCAAAAAAAGCUCAGCCCCAGCAACAUUUGAAGUCCCAAUCUGUUCAGGCACCAUCAGUACAAAGUACAAGUGAUUCACAACUAGUUUCACCUCUUCUUCAAAGUUAUCUUCCGAACCUUCACAACGUGCGAAACCAAAAAUCUAAUAGAUCUAUUAAAUCAGCCACACGCUCAGUUACGGCGCAGCCAAACCGUGUUCUUCUUAAGCAGAGGCCGCAGGGAUCAUACCAUAGGCAAUAUGUUCUGCUCCGCGAUAAACAAGGCCCAAUGCCAAGUCCUUUAUUCAGUCCUGCAAACCCACCAUUGAGCUUUGGUACUAAUUCGGAUGCGGCCGGUUUUAAACUUGACUCGCCUCAACUCUAUCCGGUGAGAUCGGCAAGGUCACUUCGCUCUAAAACGCAUCCAAAGAGGGAAUCAUCAAAGUACGUCUUUAGUGUUGAUGAUGAUGAGGAUGAGGUGGAGGAAGAUUUGAACAGGGAAUACUUACAAGAUUAUAAUAACACCUUACACCACCGAAGAUCCCAACUUCCAUCACAAGCCAAUGGCUUGGAAGGACAACCUUUAUCUGCUCAGGCAGAUUACGAUGAUAACUUGGCAUCAUUGAGCAAUUUUGAUGAUAAUAGCACUAUCAGGCAGACCACAUCCAGGCUUUCCGAAAAUGAAGAGUUACAGGAUGCUGAUCAUUCAACAAGCGUCGAAAAUCCGGUAGACGAAGAUGCGGCUAUGACCGCAACACAAAGUAGAAAGUCAUCAGUCGCACCGAUUGAUCCUGCUUAUGAUGAAUAUCCGGAUGAUGCGUCAACUAGCUCAAAUGAAAGUUUUACUUUGAGAGAACGGCAAGAUGCUAUUAAUGAAACACAUCCUUUUGGAAUUCGUAUUUGGAAGCCUGCCGUUUACAAAAAGCAUCGCUCUGUUGAAAAAGAAGCUGAUAAUGAUAUUCAUUCCAAUCCUAGUACGGCAAAGACUAUUGGUAAAAGUGUGAAGUUUUUUAACUUUCUAUGGACAUGCACAUUUGGAUUGGCAUUCUUUUCCAUCUGUCUUAUAUUCUCUGCCUUAACUGCAAUUAUGUCCAUUAUCUGUGUAAAAUGCACAGAUCAGUCGUUGAAAUAUGCUCAACUAUACCUCCGCUUAGGUCUCUAUCUUUUGAUGCCAUUUGGAAAGAUUGUUCUUAUGAAUUCUAGCACAAACUAUAUUCGUGAAGAUGCCUAUGUAGGUACUUCUGUGGCAGAUUUUCGCAGAUGGCGUGCCCAGAAUGAAGGCAGACUUUUCUUUUCUGCCCCAAAUGCAAUGAAAGGUCGUAUCACGGAGGCAACACCGUUGAAUAGCAGAUUACCUCUGAAUGCCAGAAAUUAUACGGAUCAUUCAAAUGUUUCAAGUCCACAAGGUAGCAGUGAUCAUGCUCAUGAUGGGGGAGACGAUGUUACAGUGAAGGAAAGAUUAUUUGGUAGAGGACAAUGGAAUGCUGGCAGAGUCGCUUUCUUUUUACAAUUCUAUUUAAUAUUUGUGCCAUUUACUAGUAUCAUUGCAUUUGCUCAGUGGCUUGGUGUUUUCACUAUUCCUAUGGCAAAGGUUUUGGUAAUUCUUUUGAAUCAUCUUAGAAUGCAUCCUUUGGCUUUGUCCUUUGAACCGGAAAAGGACUAUUAUGAGAAAAGGCUUAACAGUAUUCCUCGGAAUGAAUCCAUUUUAAUCUGCACCUAUAGAUCUUUUGGAUUUCAUUAUUACAAAUAUACAGUUGAUGGAACAAACAUUUUCUUUAUCAAUCUGAAUUUUUUGGUUAUUUUUACCAUUUUUGAUUACUUCUGCUUAAACCAGAAAUUGCAUUGGGUCACACCUAUUACCAACCCUUCUUUGAUUUUUAUUCUUUGUCUUGCAUCUAUCAUUCCACUUGCCUACUUUAUCGGUCAGGCAGUUGCUUCCAUCUCCGCACAAACUUCCAUGGGUGUCGGUGCAGUUAUUAAUGCAUUCUUCUCCACUAUCGUGGAAGUUUUCUUAUAUUGUGUCGCUUUGAACCAAUCUAAGGCAAAGCUUGUCGAGGGUUCAAUUAUUGGUUCCAUCCUCGGUGCGGUUCUUCUUUUGCCAGGAACAUCAAUGUGCAGUGGCGCCAUCAGAAGAAAAACACAGAGAUACAAUCCAGCGUCUGCUGGUGUGUCAUCCACUAUGCUUCUAUACUCUAUUUUGAUCAUGUUUUCUCCUACAAUUCUGCAUCAAAUAUUCGGUCAAUACGAAGAAAGAUGUCGGGAUUGUACAGAAGUUUCUAAUUCAGCUCAGAGUUGUAAACGGUGCCAUUAUAUACAGUCAACUGUUGUCAUAGAUCGGCUUUACACUAAGUAUUUAAGGCCUUUCACCAUUGUAUGCUCCAUCUGCCUAUUCACUGCAUAUUGUAUUGGUCUGCUUUUCACAUUGAAAACGCAUGCAGCAUUGAUUUGGAGUACACCUGUCUCCGUCGAGAAGGAGAAAAGAGCUACUGGAGCAGCAAUCACCGUUCAGACUCCUGAAAACUCAAGUAUGGGCUCUAGGUCAAAGGCUUCUGGUUCUGUUUCAAAUCAAAAUGAUCUUUCUUUGGUUCGCGCUUUAACAAGAUCUACCAGCUUUAUGCAAAGUCAACAACAGCAGCAGCGUCAACCUCAGCAGCCUCAACUUCAGCAACAGACAUCUGUUCAGUCGAUGCAGCCACAAAUGCAACAGCAACAGCAGUUACAGCUACAAAGUGAUGGAGGUCAUGACUCUCCAAACUGGUCUAGAUCUAAGUCCACAAGUAUUCUUUUACUUGCUACGUUUACAUAUGCAAUUAUUGCGGAAAUUUUGGUCGAUGUUGUCGAUGACGUUUUGAAAGCAUUCCCUAUAAAUCCUAAGUUCCUUGGCUUGACCGUUUUUGCUUUAGUGCCAAACACUACUGAGUUUGUUAAUGCUAUUCUGUUUGCCAUGCAUGGGAAUGUUGCCUUAUCUAUGGAAAUUGGUUCUGCCUAUGCACUUCAAGUCUGCCUUUUGCAAAUUCCUAUUUUGGUUGUUUACACGUGUUGGGGUGCAAUUAAAACUGGAUUUAUUGAUCCUUCCAAAUUGUUUUCUCUUAUCUUCCCACGCUGGGAUUUUAUUGCCUGUCUAAUGUCUGUCUACAUGUUUACAUAUGUGUACGCUGAAGGAAAGUCGAAUUACUUUAAAGGAUCCAUUCUUAUUCUCCUUUAUAUCGGGAUAAUAUUUGGUUUCUUUAUAGCCAUCUCCAUUGAUGACGAGCAUGAGUAUAUUUCAAAAGGGGUGGCCUUAACUUCCAACUUGUUAUUUAAUAACUGA